AUGGAUGUUUCGUUCGGCAAUGCGCCUAAUAUUUUUGAGGUGAUCUACGUUUGGGCAAUGCAAUUGUUAUCAAUUUUGUGGUUCUUUGGUAGAUUCGCAGCAAUGCAGAGCGCCAGCGGUGAAGGUUGGGGAUACGGGAAACAAGACGGACCGCAUUCCUGGCCGGGAACGUGCCAAAAUCAUCUGAGACAGUCACCAAUCAAUAUUCGAGCGAACGAUAUCGAUUAUACUCCGCUACACCGGCUGCAUUUUAUCAACUACGAUUACGAUUCGACUGUUGAAGUUCAAAACACUGGAAAAACUCUAAUUGUGAAAGGAUUUGACAAAUGGAUGCUUAAACAGCCAAUGAUUCAAGGUGGAGGUCUUAAGCAUCGUUACAAGUUGGCCCAAUUCCAUUUGCAUUGGGGGCAGAACGACGAUGUUGGAUCUGAGCAUUCUUUAGGAUCGUUGCAUUAUCCUGGAGAAAUUCAUUUGGUUCAUAUUCGAGAAGGGUUGAGUGUCCAAGAAGCUUUGACAAGACCUGACGGAAUUGCUGUGGUUGGAGUUUUUUUGGCUAAAACUAGCGAUCCAAUUGCCAACAAAUUUUCGCCAAUUUCCGAUACGUUUCCAUUUGUGAAGUACAGCGGAAACAAAACCGAGAUUCGAGAAUUCCGCCCUAGCCGCGUUCUCCCAUACGACACUGAAGCGUUCUACAGAUAUGAAGGAAGUUUGACUACCCCGGAUUGUAGUGAAGCCGUUAUCUGGACCAUUUUGGCUGAACCAUUGCCGAUUUCGAACCAGCAGGUAAUCUAUUUACUUCACCAAUUGCGCCAACUCCAUGAUUCGAACAAUCUCAUUUCGGAAAAGAACUACCGACCAUUGCAACCAUUGAACGGCCGCCGAAUCUCGUACCGACCAGCUAAAUUGGAUCGCUCUCUCGUGUGCUCAUUCUCUAUAUCGACCAAUGUUAUUUUAGCCAUCUUUACAGCAAUGAUAAUGACGUUGUGA